GUGUCCCGGCGGCGGCGAUGGCGGCGGGGCUGUGCUGGCGGGCCGGGCUGCGCGCGGGGAGGCGGAGACUGGUGGAAUCUCCUCUGCCAGCUGGUGCUCCUAAGCUUAGUUACCGCUUUGCAUCAUCAUCAUCAUCAUCACACAAGUAUGUUCCCAGACGGGCUGUGCUGUAUGUACCUGCGGAUGAUGAAAAGAAGAUAAGAAAAAUCCCAUCACUAAAUGUAGAUUGUGCAGUGUUGGACUGUGAAGAUGGUGUGGCUCUGAACAGAAAGAGAGAAGCACGACUGACCAUUGUGAAAACCCUUGAAGAGUUUGACUUCGGCCAUGCUGAAAAGUGUGUCAGGAUAAACUCUGUGUCCAGCGGCCUUGCAGAAGAAGAUCUAGAGGUGCUUUUGCAGUCUAAGACCCUUCCUUCAAGCAUGAUGCUGCCAAAGGUUGAAAAUGUUGAGGAAAUAAGAUGGUUUUCAGACAAAUUCUUACAUCACCUGAAAGGCCGAACACUUGUAGAACCAAUGAAUUUUAUCCCCUUUGUGGAAACUGCAAUGGGCUUGCUCAAUUUUAAGGCUGUCUGUGAAGAAGCACUGAGAAAAGGAUCCCAGGCUGGCUUUCAUUUGGAUGCAGUUGUGUUUGGAGGGGAGGAUUUCCGUGCCAGCAUAGGUGCAACAAGCAGUAAGGAAACUCAUGACAUUCUAUAUGCCAGGCAAAAAAUAAUAGUCACAGCAAAGGCAUUUGGCCUUCAAGCAAUAGACCUUGUUUACAUCGAUUUCCAUGAYGAAGAUGGGCUCCGCAGGCAAUCGAGGGAAGGUGCCUCAAUGGGAUUCACGGGUAAGCAGGUGAUUCACCCCAACCAAAUUGCUGUUGUCCAGGAACAGUUCUCUCCGAGCCCUGAAAAAAUAAAGUGGGCACAAGAACUGAUUUCUGCUUUUGAAGAACAUCAGCAAUUAGGCAAGGGAGCGUUUACUUUCCGCGGGAGCAUGAUCGACAUGCCAUUACUGAAGCAGGCACAGAACAUUGUUACGCUUGCCACAGCCAUCAAGCAAAAAUGAGCUGAUCUGUCAUAGUUUGCUUGCCAGAAUUGCUAAUUACUAAAACUAUUCCCAACUCAAACCACCGCUCACUCCUGCAUGGCCCAUGUACUACACCUAGCCCGCAAUGAAGUUACAUCACCCACUCUGUGACAUCACAAUAAUUACUACAAAUGCAGGAUUAGGACUUCACUGAAGGAGAAAAGCAAAACGUGAGCCAUGGGCUCUGAUAAAAGAGCAGAUGAAAACUGAUUCAAUUGUUUCUGUUUCUAUCUGUGCUUCUUCCCGCUCUGAUGCAGAACUCCUGUCAGAAAGGAGAGAGCCUCGAAUAAUUACGCACUCGUUGAAAUAACUGCAAUGAAAAUCUUUACCCUGUGUGAGCUUUGCAUUCUCCCCACACCMCCCUUCUGUAAAUGUGCAACGGCCAUUAAAAAUAAUGCUCCAACAA